CGCCAAGCCGCACGUGAUCAUCAAUCGCCCAGUUCGUCGAUCGUGCAUGGCUGCUGCCGUCGCUGCUCGAGCCUUGCGUGUUGCCUGGUACCGCCGCGAGGGCGGAAAUCACUUCCUUUCGCUUCGGCGAGCCAUGGUGCUCGCACGAGCCGCGGCUGUGGCUGCGCUGGCGGGGUGCGCAGUCUCCCUCCACCUGCACGGGGAUGAGGUCCCAGAGUCGCCCAGCACGGCCAGGAUGACGACGCAGUGGAGCGAGACGAGGCUGGGCCCGCCCAUGCUGGCGUCGGAUGCGUGCUCUGCCGCGUGGAACUUCUCCACGCAGUCGGAGUGGAAGGAGCCGGACCCCAUCACGUUCCCGAACGCCGGUCUCGGCGCCCGCCGCCUCAUGACCGCCAUAGACGGCAUGCCGUACCAGCUGUACCUCCCCCCCACGUGGAACAACAACUCGCUGUACCCGUACCCGGUGCACGUCGACUUGCACAGCCACGGAGAGCGCAAGUGGACCCUGAAGAACUCGCAGGGCUUCGCUCGGAUGCUGGCCAGGAACCAGAGCACAUCCUUCGACAACCGCUCCUGCUGGUGCCUCGGCGGCAGCUACUCUGCGGCGUACGAUGAGUCGGCCACGUCGCCGUACUACCUGGGUACGUCUUCGGACACGGGAUGCCCCAUGGCCGACUGCACCUUUGCCGACACGUUCCCUGGCGUGGUCGUCAUGCCCCAGUGCUGGACUGGAAGUGCGACCCCGGGUUGGACUGCCGCUUGUCUCGCCAAGGCCCAGGCCAUCACGGCGUUCGUCAUCGGGCACUUCAACGGCGACGCGGACAAGGUCAUCGUGAGUGGCACCUCUGAGGGCGGCGAGGGUGCCAUGGAGUUUGCGAAGACAUAUCCGACGCUUGUCUCCGCCGUGGUCGUCACCGACGCGCCGACUGCGACCUACACCAGUGGCCUGGAUGGCAUGCCCGUUUACGUCACGGGCGACGCGACGCACUCCGGCAUCGCCGCCAUCGACUCCCUCGUGGCAGCCCUGAACGGACGCACGUCCGGGGUGACGAAGUACACGCGCUUCGUUUCGGCACCAGCGGCCGCCGACCCAGGGUUCCUCAGCACUGAUGGGCACAGCUCCGACAUUGCCUACCGCUGCUCCAACACGUGGACUUGGGCCUACCAGUACAAGAACACCGGCGGCCGCAGCGCGUGGGGCCUGGACGAGUACCCCCACAUCACCAUGAGCUGAGCGAUGGCGUCGCGCCGCCUUGCGGCCAAGCCCCGGAAGGGCCUCGCAAAAGCUGGGAG